UUUGUUGUUGUCAAUCAACACUCAAUCACUUGUCGCUUGCCGUGUUUUAUAUUAUUCUCUUCGUAUUCGCAGACCUCAUUAUCAUCAACUGGGGACGAAGAGACAAGGAAUUUUCGCAAUAGCAUUAGUCAAAUCAGACACAGAUCAGAGAACGCCGAAAGCAUCUCUUUAUUGUUUUGAUCAGAUUCUUUUCAUGAUCCACCAGAAUGUUGGUCGGAGGUCACGGAUACAGCAACCCUAAUGCGAACUGGUUGGACAACAGGGGCCUGUGGCUGAGUUACGGCAUUGGGUUUUUGGUUUUGCAUCUUACUUUGCUCAGCAUUCCUGUCCUCACUACAUCCACUGCGUGGACACUGACCAACCUUCUCCAUAAUCUUUUUCAUUUUGUUUUUCUGCACAUUUUGAAAGGCAGCAUAUGGGACACGCAGGAUCAAGGGAGGAGCCGUGAAUUGACGCAGUGGGAGCAAAUUGAUAGUGGCAUGCAAUUCACAUCUACCAGGAAGUUUCUGACAAGUGCACCUGUAAUUAUGUUCCUACUUACUACUUUCUACACAAAAUAUGAUAAUGUUCAUUUCAUCAUAAAUUUUGUGUCACUGAUGUUUGUCCUCCUGCCAAAAUUGCCCCAAUUCCACGAAGUAAGAUUGUUCGGCAUCAACCGAUACUAAUUUUCUAAUUAUUUGUAUUUCUUUUUCUUUUGACUUUGCGUGUUUAAUUGAUCAAUUGAGUAAGCUUCAAUUUUAUCUAAAUCCAUAAGGUUUGUGUGUCAUUUUAAUUUUAAUUCAAACAAUCGAUACAGUUGUUAAUUGAAUGUUCUAAGGCUGAAUUCUAACGGCAAUGAAAUAAUCUUCGUUAGUCACAGGUAGAUCGAAAAAUGUAUUUUUUAUUCAGUGUAUCACCUUCAUAUCCUGUGAUUUUGUCUGACGAAAGUAAAACGGAGAGCUUUGGGAUUUAAGGUAGAUUUCCUGCUGGUAAAUUUGUAAUAACUAAAUCUGGAUUGCUUAAGGCAUAAAUGUUGCUAUGUAUUUUGGUAAUUAUACUCAUUAAUUCAAUAAAGCGGUACUAAUUAUUCAAGGACGGGUUUAAUUAUUACAAUAAAACGUAAUAAAAUGCAAAAAAAUUAUUAAAAUGUUACACAAUUUAUAUAUAUUGCACUUCAUAUUAAACAGUUGUUAAACAAACUUAAAACAAUAAGUUACAAAAAUACAGAAGAAUUAAUAGGCAUUCAGAGAAUCCUCAAAAUAUUUUAAAUUUUGUAAUGUUCCAAAAAUUAGUAAAGUGAAAAUGGAUCUUGAAUCAACUACACACGAUGAAAUUGUUUUGUGCAUUUCACAGCCUCUAUCAAUCGUAAGAACACAAUCUGUUGAAUUAUUCCAUUCAAGAGCCCUCGCAGUUAAAUUAGUCAAUUUACGAACUUUACACUUCAAGAGAAAGUAAUCCUACUGCAUUAAUUUUUUAAAAGUUAGUUUUAAAUUAAGAGUUGUUACCGGUCAAGAACAGCUUCUGUGAAUAAGGACGGAUUACUUUGUUUUAUUUAUUGUUAAUACUGUGACGGUCCAUGUCAACAACUCAACAGGCUAUUUCCUGUUUUUUUUUUUUUUUUCCCAAAAAUGGCACAACUUGAAGACCUGU